UUGGGAGCUGGCCAUACUGCCUCCGUCAUGUGUCAGCCUUCUACUACUAUUUGGUUUCCUUGUUUGGGGGCUUUGGCUGCUCUUCUCUGCGAGACAGAGCAGGGAGCAGGUGGCAGCCAAGAGAGCCUCAGAGACUUCAAAGCAGCAUACAUUGAAAAAGAUCCAGAAAUUCACAGCUUCCCAGUGGGAAGAAAAUCUUAGGAUGAGCUGCUCCGAAGCUAAUGAGACACAAUCAACUCUUACAGAAUUCUGUUUGCCUGAAUCACAGGAUUCGAUUUCUUCUUCUACCUCCUCUGUGCUUGUGGCUCAGGAGCCUGUUCUACCCCGUUGUGGCUGUAAGAAGGCAAAACAUUCUACUAAGGACAGCAGCUCCUCUGGAUCAUUAUGCAGCAACUCCCGCCUGUCCCACCUUCCCGUCUUUUCUAAAGGAACAACCCGGCAACUCCAGAGCCAUAGUUUACCUAUUUUACCCAAAAACCAGUUUUCCAUGUUCAGGAACCAAGGCACAGCCCUGCCUCCUUUUCAGCUCUCAGAGUUUGGGAAAUCAAAACUUUUACAGAAUUUGGCAGCUCAUUCACCCUUAAGAUCCCAAAACUCUUUUAUCAGCUCUGUGUUUGAAUCCCCAGGUCUCUGCCAACAAGAAAAAACAAAGAAUGGGGGAAAGAGCAAAAGUCAUUUGACAAUGGAUCAUGGGCCAGAUUUUAUUUUCACCAAGGCAAGACCACGAUUCUCAGGGUGGGCUCCAAUCCAGCUCUCUCCUUUGGUUAGGUGGGAGUUAGAGGGACAUAUGGCUUGGAAGGUUUAUACUUUGAGGGAACAAACAGUGCCUCUGCCUGUAAGGGAGUCAUGGGCAAUCCUUAAUUAUUUAAUUGAGGUGCAAGGAGGAGUUCCUGAACCACAGAAACCUCAAAUCCAGCUAUCUAUGCCCAUUCAUCAAAGCACUGAACAAGGUCUCUACAAUAAAUUCCCAAACUGUCCAUCAUUCCAGCUCCAUGUGAAUAUUGGAGUGGAAUCUGGAUUAAAUCGAACAGAAACAGAAAUUUCACAGUCACUUAUCCCAGGUAAGCAGUCACAACGUGGGGAUGGCCCGCAAAUCCUUGAAUCCAGGCCCUUAGUUACAUCAUUGGGCACUCCGCUUCGCAAAAGUUUAGGAGCUAACAUAAUUCCAGAGAAAACCACUGGACUGCAGAAGGAGCCAAAACAUGUUCUAGAACUUAAUAUAGAACAGAGGGUCAUGGGUCUUCUGGAAAAAAGGAUUCAGCAGCCUAAGUCCCACAUGACUCAUGUGGAAUUGACCUCAAGGCUACCAUGUCAAGUUACAGAGAGCAUAAAGGUAACUCCUUUAGCAUUACUUCAAGUCAUGGCUUCAAUGGGGAUGAUCCCAGAAUCACAUUCAGAAGUGAUCGAAUCUGUGGGUUUGUUCCCACAGCCACAAGACAAAGAUGGGAAACCAAUGGAAACCACAAAAAAAGUGAGUGUAAGCACUAAACCAUCAUAUCAAGUUACUAAACCAGUGGAGGUAACACCAAGUGCUCAGAAUCAAGUUAUGGAAUCCAACAUGACCUCCAGACCCCUGAAUCAAGUCACAGAUAAUGUGAUGGUAACUCCUACAGCAUUGCUUCAAGUCAUGGAUUCUAUGGGAAUGAUUAAUGAGUCACAUCUACAUAUUGUAAAACCAGUGGGAAUAAUCCCAAGAACACCAUCUCAAGCCAUGAAAUCAGGGACCAUCGUUGGACCAUCGUUGGACCAUAAAGUCAUACCAUCAGGAAAGAUGCAUCCAAAGGCACAAUACACAGUUGUGGAAACUGUGGCAACGACUUUUGGGCCACAUCCUGAAGUUACUGAAUCAGUGAAUAUAACCUCAAAGCCACAAAGUCAAAUCACAGGACCACUGAAGAUUCCUCCAGGGACAAUAUGUCAAAAUACAAGAUCACUGGAAAUGAUCUCCAGUCCAUUGCAUCAAGAUCCUGAUUACACGAAAGUUACUCCAGUGGCAUUAUUACAAGCUAGGGAUUUCGUAGGAAUAAUUCCACCAGCACUGCCACAUGUUAUAGAAUCUGGGGAUUCACAGUCUGCCCCAGGAGCAGCUCAACGAGUUGGUUGGACAUCUUCUAGCUCUCCUCCUACUAUUGGUCCACCUGGAUUUGUAGGAUCCGUGGGUUUACCUCCAAAGCCACCACUUAAAGUCACAGAAUCAGUAGGGAUGAUUCCAAUGCCAUCACAUCAAUCCAUACAUUCUUUAAAGGUAACUCCAGUAGCAAUGGGGUCAUCCAUGGGAAUGAUCAUAACACCACAAUCACAAGUUGCGGAAACUCGGGAUUUGACCUCAAGGCCAGUAUCUCAAGUUAGGAAACCUCUGGAGUUGACUCCUGGGUCAUGGAUUCAAGUGCAAGACUCUGUGGAGUUGACUCCACAACCAUAUGUUCAAGGCACAAAAACUAGAGCAUUAACCCCACGGCUACCUCAUCAAGUCAUGGAAUCUCCAAGUUUGACCCCAUGGCAUCAGAUCUUAGAAUCUUCAGAGAUGAGUCCAAGGCAAAGCCAUCAAAUGAUGGAAACUAUGGGGUCGGGAACUACUGGGAUGAUCCCCAGGCCGUAUUUUCAGAAUUUUUCAGAGAUGACUCCGGGGCCAGGCCAUCAAGACACAGAAACUGCAUGGCUCUUUUCCGGGGAUUUGCUCCAAGUGGCAUUAACACCAAAACCAACAGGUCGAGUUACAGAAUCUACAGAAAUGACUCUAAAGCCACACCUUCAAGUUACUGAGCCUUCAGAAAUACCCCUAAGGUCAGAAUACGAAAACACAGAACCUUUUGGGUUGGCAUUGUCUCAAAUUGAACAUAUCCAGGAGAUGAUGCCAGUACCACCAUAUUCAGUAAAAGGAUCCCUGGAAUUGACUUUAGGACCACGAAUGCAAUAUGAGAAAUCAGAGCCACUAAUGCAAAAUUUGAAAUCUGUGAAGUUAACCCCUGAGUCAUCCCCAGUAGUGGUGGGACCUAAACAAUUUAUCACAGGACCAAAACGACAUGUUCCGGAGUUGACCCCAGAGCCACAGUUCCAGGGAGUAAAGUCUAUACCACUGCAUCCAGAGCCACGAUUACAAGAUGUGGAAUAUGUUAACUUAAUCCAACAGCCAGCUACUACUGGAAUGAUAGAAUCUGAGAAGCUGGUAAAAGAGCCAAUACUACAAUGUAUAAUAUCAGAGGAAUUGACUAAGGGGGCACAGCAUCAGGGUGUGAAAUUGAUCCCAGGGCCACAUUUGCGAAGUGUCCGAUUUUCAAAUUUACCUCCAGGACCACUUCUUCAAGGAGAAAAACCUGUAGAUUUCAUCUCAGGGUCCCCAUGUCAUAGUGUGAAAUCUGAUGCACUGACCCCAGGUUCCCCAGUGCAAGAAAUCAGAUUGUCAGAUUUUACCCCAGGGCCAAAGCAUCAAAGUGUUACGUCCGUACAACUGUCUCCAGAACCAGAAACUCAAUGCAUGAAAUCUGUGGAACAAAACUCAGGACCACGCUUGCAAGAUGUCAGAUUUUCUGAUUUGACCUUAGAACCAAAGCAUCAAGGUUUGAAACAUGUGCAAUGUAUACCGGGAACACAGGUUCAAGAUGUACAAUCCUUAGGAUGUACAAUCCAAGGGUUCUUGAGUGAAAAUAUGAAAACUCUUCCGUCUAUUGAAGGAUCCCAGUUUCACAGCAUGCAGUCUAUGAAAUUGACCUCAGAACCACAGUUUCAAGGUGUGAAGUCUCAGGAACUGAACCUAGGGCCAAGGCAGCAAUAUGUCAAAUUUUCUGAAUUGACCUCAGGGCCAAAACUUCAAGGUGUCAGAUUUGGGGAGCAGACUCCAGGAUCAGUGUUUAAUGGUGGAAAUUCUGUAGAGAUGACUCCAGAAUUAGCAUUUCAAGAUUCUAAAUUAGCAAAGACGUUUUCAGGGCUUCAAGAUAUAAAACAGGUGGGGCUUACCCCAGGGCCAGGGCCACAGUUACAAUAUGUCAAAUUUGGUGAUCUGACAUCAGGAACUCAACCUCAAGGUGUGAAAUCUUCAGAGUUAAACUCAGGGCCACAACUACAAUAUGUGAAAUUUUUUGAGUUGACCCCAAACCCAAAGAUGCAGGGAGUAAGAUCUGUGGGGCUGUCCCCAGGACCUCAAAAGCACGUGGUCAAGCCUGAUAGGCUAGUACCAGAGACACUGUUUCAAGGUGUAAAAAAUUUGGGGAUGGAUCAAAUGUCCAACUUGGAAGGUAACAUUUCUUAUAGAAUUGUCUCCCAGCCAGAGAAACCAGAUGAAAAAUCUAUGGGGUUGACUCCUGAGUCACAGUUGCCAAGUGUAAACUAUUCUGAGUUGGCUAGAAGAACACAGUUACAAGGUAUAAAAUCUUCUGAAUUGAUCCAAGGGCCAAGUGUGGGGGGUAUGAAACCAAUAAAGCUGACCCCGGACUCAAAACUUCAAGGGGUAAAAUCUGAGUUGUUGACCUCGGAGCUGAAAGAUGUGAAAUCUGUGGUCUUAACUACAGGACAGGGUCUAAAAGGUACGGAAUCUACUUUGCUAACCCCUAGUCCACAGCUGGAAGGUGAGAAAUCUAUGGAGAUAACCACAGCGCCACGGAUAGAAAAUGCCAAACCUGUGAAAAGCACCCAAGAUACCAAGCUUCAAGGUACAACUUCUGACUUGAUUCUACAUGCAAGAACUCAAGACUCCAAAGCUGUGGAGUUGGUCCAAAGAACCCAACAACAAGAUGUGCAAACUGUGGAAUUGAAAUUUGAGCCCAAGAUGGAAGGUGAGAAAGCUGUGCCUUUUGCACCAGGGCCAUUGCUCCAAGGGUCUGAACUGCAAGGUGUGAAACCCAAGGAACUGACUUUAGAGCCACAAACCCAAGAUAGUAAAUUUGUCGACAGUACCCCAUGUUUAAAGCAUCAAAGUUUACAAUCUAUAGAGGAAACUCCAGAUCCAAAGCCGCAAUGUGUAAAAUCUGUAAAGUUGACCCCAAGGCUAAACAAGCAGGAAGUAAAUUCUGUGAAAGUGACCAGAAGAUCAAAGUUUCAAGAAGUAAAAACUGUGGAUUUAGCCCCAAGGCAACAGUUUCAAGAGACGGCACUCAUGAAUUUAACAUUUGGGCCAGAACAGGAUGGCAAGCUAUCUGUAAUCUCACCAAAGCAGCAAUGUGUAAAUUCAGAGCAGUUGAAGAGAGGGGCUAAGUCGGACGAUGGGCUGUCUUUGGAGUUAACUCCAGAGCUAAAAUUGAAAGGUAAAAAAUUAGCAGACCUCAAUUUUGAGUUACAGUUUGAAAGUAUGAAAUCAGACUUGACUCCAGAAUCAAAUAUUCAAGGUUUAAAACCUAAAGAAUUCAAACUUGAACCACUUGAACCACAGUUGCAAAGCAUAAAGUCUCCUAAGUUGACCCCAGGGGCACCACUGCACCAGAUUAAAGGCUCAGAGUUAGCUUCAGAGCCACUGCUUUGUGUAAAAACCGUUGAGUUGAAACAAGAGCCACUGCUUGAAAGUAUGAGACACAUAGAGUGGAUACCAGGACCUAAGUUCCAAGCUGUGAAAUCUGUAGAGUUCAAUAUCAGGUCACAGUCUCAAGGUAUUAAAUCUAUAGGGUUGAAAUCUUCGACAGAGUUAAGAGAUGUGAAGUCAUUUGAAUUGACUCUUGGGUCCAAAACUCAAGGUGCGAUAUAUACAGACCUUGGGCCACAGUUGCAGAACAUGAAAACCCCUGGGGUGCUCCCAGGAACACAGCUGCUAAAAGGGAAGGUUUUGGCAUCAACCACAGAGCCACAGCUUCAAGAUGUAAAAACUACUGAGUUCAAAAAAGAGCCACAGCUGGAAAGAAUGAGGUGUAUCCAGUGGAUACCAGGACCUGAUUUCCAAGGUGUGAAGUCUAUAGGGAUACAGUCUCAAGGUGUCAAGCCUCUAGGGUUGAAACAUAGAAAGUCAUCUGCAUUAACUCCAAGGCCAAAGCUCCAAGAUACACAAUCUUCGGCAUCACUCCAGGAACAUAAGCUUCAAGACUGUGAUUUGAAACCUUGUCUACUGGUUAGAAGUGUGAAAUCAUGUGAGCUGACUUCAAGGUCAAAGCUCUGUGAUAUAAAAUUUAUGCCAUUGAAAUCUAGGCUUUGCAUGCAUGAUAGGAAACCUACUAAAUUGACUGCAAAACCAAAGCUUCAAGAAGUAAAACCCUUACAGUCAUCCCCAGGAGCACAGCUUCAGGGUGUGAAGUCUCUGGUACUUAUGGAAGAUCCACAGCUUCUUGGUGUGAAAUCUGAGGUAUUAAGCCAAGGGUCACAAUUACAAAGCAAUACAACUAGAGAAGUGAACUCCCCACUACACUUGACAAGCACGAAGUCAUCUGAAUUGAUUCUUCAGACAAAGCCUCAAGGUGUGAAAUCUGAGAAUUUCAACUCUGGGUCACAGUGGCAUGAUCUAAAACCUUCUAAGUUGUCACCUGAGAUAAAGUCCCAAGAUAAGACAUUUACUGAGUUAAAUCCAAGUUCACAGUUGAAAGGUAUAACAUUUUCUACACUGAUCACUGGAACAAAAAUUCAAGGUACCAAAUGUACAAAUUUCAACCUUGGGCCAUUGUUACAACAUGUGAAUUCUUCUGAAAGGACCUCAAAGACAAAGCUUCAAAAUGUAAAACAUAAAGAAAGCUCUCCCAGUCCCCAGGUGCAAGUUGUGAAAUCUUCUGACCUGACCCUUGGAUCAAAGCUUCAAAAUGUGCAGUUGGUGUCCAACCCUGAUCCACAGUUUCAAGGAGUGAAAUGUUCUAAAUUAAUCUCAGAAACAAAGUUUCAAGAUGUGGAAUCUGUGAAUGUCAAAUCUGGGCCACAGCUGAGAGGUGUGAAAUCUUCUGAAUUGAUACAGGGGACAAAGCUUCAAAAAGUGAAGUCCGUGGAUUUCAAGCCAGGCCCCCAGUUGGAAGAUAUGACAUCUUCUAGGUUGAUCAUGGGUAUAAAGCUUCGAGAUGUAAAAUCUAUGAAUUUCAAGUCUGGACCACACUUGAAGGAUGGGAAAUCUUCACAAGUGAUCCCAAGGGAAAAGCUUCGAGGUGUGAAAUCUGCAGAAUUGAAAGCUAAUCCAAAGUUACAAGGUGAAAAAUCUUCUGAUCUGACCCGGGAGAGGAAGUUUUCAGAUAUGAAAGCAGGCCCACAGUUACAAGACGUGAAAUGUUCUGAGUUGAUCAUGGGUAUUAAACUUCAAACUAAAAAAUCGGCAGGGUUUGGUUCUAGAUCACACUUGCAAGGUAUGAGAUCUUCUGAAGUGAUCCCAGGGUCAAAACUUCAACAAGUGAAACCUUCUGAGUUCAACCAUGGUCCAAAGCUACAAGGUGGGAAAUCUGAUUUAAUUCAGAUGAGGAAGCUUCAAGGUGUGAAAUCUGUGGAGUUCAACCCCGGACCACAGAGACAAGGUGGGAGAUCUGAUUUGAAGCUAGAGUACAGGCUCCAAGAUUUGAAAUCUGUUCAGUUAAAACCAGUGCUGCAGUUACAAGAUGUACCAUCUUCUGAGUUAACACCAAAACCAAAGCUUCAAAGUAGAGAAUCUGUGGAGUUCCUUAUCAAACCCACGUGGCAAGACAUGAAACCUCUUGAGUUGACUCUAGCUGCAAAUACCCAAGAUGUGAAAUCUUUGGGGUUUGAGUCAGUCCCACAGUUACAAAAUAGGAAAUUGCCUAUGUUGACACCAGGAUCACACCUUCACGGCAUGAAAUCUCUGAAAUUCAGCCCUGGGGCAACAUUGCAAGGUGCAAAAUCUCCUGAGUCUGUAAAGCUUCAAAUAAUGAAAACCACAGACGUCAACCAGGACCUAGAGUUCCAGGUCGCAAAACCCUCUGAGUUAGCCUUGGAAUCAAAGAUUUGCAAUGUGAUAUCUCCCGAGUUCAAUUCUGGGAAGCAGUGGCAAGAAGAGAAGUCUUUUAAGUUGAAACCAUGGCCAGAGCUUCAAAGGGUGAAAUUUGUGGUAUACAACCCUGGACCACAUUUGCAACAUAUAAAAUCUUCAGAAUUGUGCAAAGAGACAAAGCUCCAAGAUGUGAAAUCUAAGGAAUCCAAUCCUGAGCAACAGUGGCAAGAUGUUAAAUCCUCUGAGUUAUGCCAUGGAUCAAGGCUUCAAGAUAUGCCAUCCUUCAAGUUCAAUCUUGGGCCACAGUCACAAGAGAUAAAACCUGAGUUGUGCACAGACAGGAAGCUUCCAUAUGAGCCAUUUCUGGAAACAAAGCAUCAGCCUAAAUUACAAGGUGGGAAAUCCUCUGAAUUUAAUCUAGCCCCACAUCUUCAGUGUAUAAAUGUUAGGGCAUUCAGUACUGGACCACAACUGGAAGGUGUAAAAUCUGAGUUGAAUUCUGGAUUAGAGCCUCGAGGUAUAAAAUCCCAGGUGUUCUGCCCUGGGCCACCUUUGCAAGAUGUGAAUUCUUCUGCAUUUAUUUCAAAACCAAAACUGCAGUGUAUAAAUUCUGUUGGAUGCAAAUCUGAGCCACCCUUGCAAGGUAUAAACCCUUCUGAAUUAACUUCAGUUUCAAAACUUCAAGGUACAAAGUCUUCUGAGUUGAGUUCAGAGAUCCCCAGGGAGACAACUAUGGUGUUCAACCUUGAUCCACAUCUUCAAGAUUUGAAAUCUGAAUUGAUUUCAGGGUCAAAGUUUCUUGCUGUAGCACCUAUGGAAUGCAGCCCUGAGCCACAGAUGAAGUGUGUAAAUUCUUCUAAGUUGAAUCCAGAGCCAAAAUUACAAUGUGCAAAUUCUAUGGGGUGCAAACCUGGGCCACCUUUGCAAGGUGUACAGUCCUUUGAAUUGACUUCAGGGACAAAAUGUCAAGAUCCAGGAUCUCAGGUGAAUCCGGGGUUCAAGAAUCAAAGUGAGACAUAUAUGGUGUUCAGCGCUGAAGCACAUUUACAAGAUUUAAAAUCCGAAUUGAUUCCAGGGUCAAAGUUUCUUGCUGUACCACCUAUGGAGUGCAACCCUGGGCCACAGACGAAGUGUGUAAAUUCUUUGGAGUUGGAUCCAGACCCAAAAGUACAAUGUGCUAAUUCUAUGAGGUAUGAACUUGGGCCACCUUUACAAGGUAUACAAUCUUUUGAGUUGACUUCAGGGAUUAAAUGUCAAGGUAUGGGAUCUUUUGAUUUGAAUCUGGGGUCAGAAGUUCUAGGUAUAAAAUCUCUUAUGUUCGACCCUGUGCAACAUUUACAAAAUGUGAAACGUGAAUUGAGUCCAGGGACAAAAUUUCAAGGUAUAACAUCACAAGAAUUAAACUGUGGCCCACAGCUGCAAGGUGUGAAUUCUUCUGAUUUGAAUUUUGGGUCAGAACUUCAAUGCAUAAAUGCUAUAAAGUUUAAUCCAGACCCACAGAUGCAAGGCAUUAAACCCUCUGACUUGAAUCCUACAUCACAAUAUCAAGGUACAAAAUCUAUUCUGUUCAACCCUGGACCACAUUUGCAAGGUGUAAAAUCUUCUGAGUUAAUUCCAGGAACAAAGUUUCCAGAAAUCCAGUUUUUGGACAAUCACUGUGGGUCACAGCAACAAGCUGUGCACUCAGUGUUCACUUUAGGCUCUUCGCUGAAUGGUAUGAAAUCUGUGUUAUUUUUACCAAAGCCACUGCUUGAAGUUGUAAAGUCUGUGAAGACUAACAAAGAGCCAGUGUCUUGUGGUGGAAAUUCUGUGAAACUGGCUUCAGGCUCUGAGCUGCAGGACUUGAAAUAUGAGAUGUUUGCACUAGAGCCAUGUUUUACAAAAGUGAAAUCUGUGGAGUUAAAUCCAGGGCCACAUCCUCAAGGUAUGAAUUCUGGGGAGUUGCCCUCUCACCUGAGGCAGCACAGUGAGAGAUCUGUGGUGUUUGCAUCAAAGUUGUGUUUUCAAGAUGUGAAAUCUCUGGCCUUGAAACUAGGGUCACAACCUCAAGAUGUGAAUUCUAAGGAUUUGAUUUCUUGCCUCAGGCAGAAAUCUAUGGUGUUUGAAUCAGAGCCAUGUUCUCAAGAUGUGACAUCUUUGAAGUCAAACCUACAGCUACAGCCUCCAAGUGCUAAUUCUUCAGGGUUUCCAUCAUGCCUAAGGUCACCAAGUGUUAAUUCUGAGGUCUUUGCACCGGAACUAUGUUUUCAAGAUGUGAAACCUGUGGAGUUGACACCAGGGUCCCCACAGCAAGGUAUGAAUUGCCAAGAGUUGACUUCAGGAUGGCAAGGUAUGAAAUCAACAGUGUUGGCACCAGAACCAAAUAAGAAGUUCAUAUCAGAACCCAUGUUGCGUAGUGUUAAAUUUUCAAAUUUGUCUCCAGAAUCACAGCGACAAGGUGAGAAACCUUUGGAGUUUACUCCAGAAGCAAAGUUGCAAAGUAUAAAACAUGUGACAUUGUCUUCAGCAUCUCUGCAACAAGAUAUGAAAUCUGUAGAGUUACUACCGGGGUCACUGCUUCCAAGAACAAAAUCUGAGAAACUAAUGCCAACGAGGAGCUAUCAAAUCACAGACUCCUCUGAGAUAAUCCCUAGGCCAGGGCAUCAAUUUGUAGAAGGUGCAGAGAUGAACCCAACACCAAAGCCUCAAGUCCCUAAAUCUGUGAAUUUGGUGAUCCCAACACCAAAGCAUCAAGUCUCUAAAUCUGUAAAUUUGAUUUCAGUACCAAUUUAUCAUACCACAGAAAGGUUGGCAUAUCAAGGCAAUGAAACUAUAGAAAAAUCUGUGGGGUUGACCCCAAAGUCAACAAGUAAAAUCAUGGAAUCUUCAGGAGUGCCUCUAAGGCUAGAUCUUCAAGUCCCAGAAUCUGUUGAUCUGACUCAUGUGCUAAGGGAUCAAGGCUCUGAAUCCUUAGAAUUAACCUUAAAGAAAAUCCCAGAAACUCUCGAGUUGCUCCCUCAGUCAUGGCCUCAAGUUAAGGACUCGGGGGAAUCCUAUACAAGGCCAGUGCAGGAAGUUACAGGAUCUGAAGAGAUGACACCAGAGCCCAAGCAUCACACUACAGAAACUAUGGGGCUGACCCCCAAAGCAAGGCCAACAGAGAAGGAAUUCCUUGGCAUGACCCCAAAGCCAAUAAGUAAAAUCACUGGAUAUACAGAGCACGCUCCAAGGCCCUAUCCUCAAGCACUAGAAUUUGCGGAGGCGAUCUCCAAGAAAAGACUGCAAAGGGGAGAAUCAGAAGCACUGACUACAGAGUCAUUACAUCAUGUCCCAAAAUCUUCAGAGAUGACACCAAGGCUAAGAUAUCCAGUUCCUGAAUCUGUGGGUUCAACCUCUAAGCAAUGGCUUCAAAGGGAGAAAUCUUUAGAUUUGUCCCCAAGGCAAACAGGUCAAGCUACAGGACAUGCAGAAGAGCUCACAUCUGAGACACAGCAUCAAGGGUAUGGACCUAUGGGGCUGACACAGUCACAGAAUCAAAGUAUGAAAUAUUCACAGAUAGCUCCAGGACUACCGGGUCAAAUUACAGAGCUUAUGAGGAUUAGUCCAAAGCCACUAGAUCAAGUCACAGGAUCUACAAAGACACAGCUUCAAGCUGCUCAACCAAUAGGAAUAACCUCAACAGGCCCCCCAAAAGUUGUUGAAUAUGUGAAGGUGACACCUGGGCCACCACUUCAGGUUGUAAAGUCUGUAGCAUUAACACCAGGGGGGACCUCUCAAAUGGUAGACUAUGUUGAACUGACUCCAAAAGAUGUGAGACCUUCUGAGUUUACCUCAGGGCUAUUGUUGCAAAGUAUAAAAUCAAAGGAAUUAACCACAGAGCCAACACACCAGAUUUUGGAUAUAAGGAAGUCGACAGGCUUUCAAAUUGUAAAGACUGUGUUAAUCCCAGGGCCACCACUUCAAAUUGUAAAAUCUGAGGAAUUAGGACCACUACCCAUUCCUCAGAUUGUAGAACGAAUAGGAGUCUCCUUAGAAUCAGCUACUGAAGUAAUGGAUUGUUUGGAUUUCUUCCCAAGGCCACAUCUUCAAGAAAUGGUAGAACCUGUAGAACUAACUCUGAGGCCAAAUACCAAAGAGAAAUCUUCAGAAUCACUCUCACAGCCACCAUUUUCUUUGGAGGAAUCGACAGUGUUCACUCAUGAACAAGGGCUUCAGGCUGUGAAAGGAAUGGGGAUAAAAACAGGGCCUCCUCAAAUCAUGGAAUGUGAGGAUUUGAAUCUAGUACAGAUAUAUCAGAAUAGGGAAUCUGAGGAUUUUAUGUCAAGAGAGGAGUUACAAAUAGGGAAUUCUUUCUCUAGAUUUCUACAGAACUCUUCAAACUCUCUCAUCUCAAGCUCUGUCGAAGCAUCUGAAUUAGGAAGCCUUUGUGAUCUGGAGAUGCCAGAAGUGUCAAGGACCUUGGAUAUAAAAGACUUUGGGACAGAUAUUUUGCAGUCUGAAGAAUACUUUAUAGACCCUACUAUGAUACAAACUUCAACGCUUCCCUUGUCCCUUCACAAUCAAUCCUCGGAUAAGAUAGCUAACAUUGUAGAAAUCCCACAUUUUGAGAUCCCAGGAGUGGGUGUCAUAUCUAAGAGGACUGAUAAAAAGCAGGUGGAGAAGCUAGAGAAUUCACUCCAGCGCCUAUCCCAACAUCCACUGCAAAGCUGGAGAUCACCAUCUAGGACCUUCCAGUCAGGAUCAGGAACUCAAAGAGGCCUGAACUGGUCUGUCUUGAGCAGACAACAGAAUGUCUGGGAGAAUCACUCCUGGAGACAGCGACUACCCAGAAAAUAUCUCUCCAAGAUGCUAGUGUUAGGGAAUGUCUUGGCAACCACUAUGGAAAGGAACCUUUGUUCUCAAACAUCUUUAAUGGAAAGAGCCACUGCAGAUACUUGUCAGUCUAUUCAGAAUUUAUUUGGGGUUCCUGCAGAACUGAUGGAACUUUCCAAGAGUCUGCUAGAGAAGAGUAGAAGUAUUAUUUCUCAGACUUCAGUGUCCAAAAACUACAUUCAGAGACACACUUCCUAUCAUGGUCACAAACAAAGAAUAGCCUUAAGGAUGUGGACACGUAGCUCCAUGUCCUCCAUAAUACAGCAACACUCUGGGGCUAGCGCAAAAAUAAGGAAAAGUUCGAAGCUUAGUGAUAUAUCCCAGGAAGUCAUUCAGCACAUGCCUGUUUCAUGUACAGAGGGCAAGCCUCCUGCCCCAGUAAAUUUAGAGUCUUCCUUCAAUACAGUUUUCACUAGGAAAGAUUCUGUUCCAAUGGAAGAGAGUGAGAACUCACAGAGUUCACAGACAAGGAUUUUUGAGUCCCAACACUGUUUCAAGCCAAGUUAUCUUCCCCAGGCCAAGACUGACUUGUCAGAACAGUUCCAGUUGCUACAAGAUCUGCGGCUAAAAAUGGCAGCAAAACUGUUAAGGAGUCAAAUACCCCCCAAUGUACCUCCUCCACUAACUUCAGGUCUGGUUUUAAAAUACCCUAUCUGCCUACAGUGUGGCCUAUGUGCAGGACUUAAUUGCCAUCAUAAAUUACAGGGCACUUACCUUUUUAUAUACCCACAGCUCCACCUUGUAAGCACUCCAGAAAACCACGGAGAGAUUAAGGUGAGUUUUGGCUUUAGGUUGAGAACUAAGAAAAGAUCCGAAGUCCCAAAGUACCACAGAAGAGACAGAUCCAUCACACCAAGGAGUUCUAUAUCACCAUCACUAAGGAAAGCUAAAGUCUAUUCUCGAGCUUCCAAGAGUCCUACUUCUACAAUCGAUUUCCAGUCUGUAUCUUCCCAGUCUCCUGCUCCUGUACGAGUCCACAUCACGCAAAGACAGUAUAGGAGCCCUGCCCUAGCAGGAAAGACAACAAUUGGAGGGCUAGGGCACUAUGAGUUUACUCAAGGUCACUCUCUACCAGAGAGUGACUCUGAAAGCAAUCAGGAUGAAAAAUGGGCUAAAAGGAGAACCAAAAAGACCCGUAGUUCAAAAUACCCAAAGAAAAGGAUCACUACGGGAAGCAGAAGACAAAACACAAAGUUCUACACAAAUGGUAGAACCACAAUACGGAGUUCUUCUCGGGAUUUACCAGCCCACUUAAGAAGGAAGAGGAAUGGAGCAUCUCAGACAACUACUGCCUCUUCAAAAAGAGAAUCUAAGAAAUCAUCCCAACCAAAAUUCAUUCAACAGCUUUUUCAAGGCCUAAAGCAAGCAUUCCAGAGAGCACGAAGAAUAAUGGCUUUUGCUGGACAGAAGCCUGAGGACAGGUCAAGGCCAGACCAUUUGCGUUCAAGCAAAAACCACCAUCCAAAACAAAAAGCCAGAGAUGAUUCCUCCUCAAGAGAUAUCAAAAGAGAUAGGAGGUCAGUUAUUAAGCUAAAGCCAACAGACAUAACCACUAAGCAGGACAUGUUAGGGGAAGAAAUACAGCAAUUCAGAUCAGCUCAUCAACCAAAAAGAAGUAGCUCUUUCCAACGUAGACAUACCCAACGACCCAAGCCCAUAGUUUCCCAAAGAAGUGCUAUUUUCAAAACCACUUCAGUCGGACAGGCUGUGGUCAUUGUUCAAAACGACAAGAGCAGCAAAGGUAAGAAAAACUCCUACAGAUGUGAAAUCUCUAGCCAGGAGUCCAAAAGCUCCAAAAUAGGAACCAGAGUUCAAGCCAGAGGGAGGAAUCUACAUGGUUCACUUAAGAGAACCUCACACAGUCACCUUAAAGAGAAACUCACACCCAAGAAGCGAAACCACCAUAGCUUUGUAAGGGAGAGAACCCCAAGUAAUUCCUCUGAAAGGAGCCAUCGCAGUCCCUCCGAGAGGCGCCAUCGAAGUCGUCCUCGGAGAAGACAUCACAGUUCCUCUGAAAGGAGCCAUCGGAGUCCUUGUGAGAGGAGAUGUCGCAGUCCUUGUGAGAGGAGAUGUCGCAGUUUCUUUCAGAAAACUCAUCACAGUCCCUUAGAGGUGAGAGGAUACAGCCCUUCUGAGAGAAGACAGCACAGAACCUCUGAGAGGAGUGGUUGCAGUUCUUCAGAGAGAACUCACUGUAGUCCCUCUGAAAGAAGUGGACACAGUCUGUGUGAGAGGAACAGACACAGUCAUUCUGAGCAGAGCCAACAGAGCCACUUUGAAAGGGGCCAGUACAGUUGGUGUGGGAAAACCCAUCUCAGUCCCUCUGCAAGAACCCAUCACAGUCCCGCUAAGGAGAGACUCAAACACAGCUGCCCUAGGGAGAGGCUCAGACAUGGUCUGUCUGAAGAUUGCAAGGGCUACUCAAACACGUCUCCUAGGGACCACACACAAAAUACUCCAAAACAGGCCAAGUUUAGAGGCCUGAAGCUGACAGAUGAGAAGAGAUUCGUCCCCAUUAUUCACUGACUGGCUCAAGCCUUCACCGACCUGCCCCUUUUGUGGCUUCUUUCCUGCUUGGCCACUGCCUUUGAUACCGGCACCCUCAGCAAUCCAAGAGCCUCUGUGCCUCUCUACCUGGGGGGAGGAAGGGUGGGAAUGGGUCUGUAAUUUCUCUAAGAUAAAUAAAGGGGCGAUAAUUGAUCUCCACCUAGAAAGACCACUGGUCGUGCUGGAGGGGGGAACGCAGGGUGAAGGGACAUUGGAUGUUGCGCAAACGGAACAGGAGGAAAGGGCCCUGAAGCCACGUUUGGGGCUCCAAACCCCACCUACAGCUUCCUGGGGCGGGGUCUCAGAGGAGGGAGUCCUGUCAUGUGACUCACUCCGGCACCAGCCCCCUCGGAAGCUGCCAGGCAGAAGUAGAAGUUCAGACCUGGGAUCUGAGGCACUGACUCCACAUCCCCCUCAAACUCCUAAUACCAUAUUUCUCUGAAUCAAAGAUGUAUCAUUUAUUUUUUGUUAUUUUUUGUUUUAGACAGCAUGAGUGGGGAGGGGCAGAGGGAGAAGAAGAGCGAAUCUAAGGCAGAUUCCGCACCCAGUGCAGAGUCCAAUGCAGAACUUGAUUUCACAACCCUGAGAAGAUGUGCUGAGCCAAAAAUUAAGAGUCAGAUGCUUUACCCACCAAGUCACCCAGGUACCCCAGAUACAUCCUUUAAAACUUCACAUGCAGGAGUGCCUGAAUGGCUCAGCAGGUUAACCCUCUGCCUUCAGCUUGGGUCAUGAUCUCAGGGUCCUGGGAUCAAGUCCUGAAUGGCGCUCUCUGCUCA